AUGCCAAUAACAGUAGAGCAAAAACAGAUAGUGAAAUCAACAGUAUCAAUUUUAAGAGAGAAUGGCAAGGAAAUUACGUCAAUCUUUUACAAAGAUCUUUUUAUGGCUCAUCCAGAAUUAUUAAGUUAUUUUAAUCAAACAGAUCAAGCACUUAAUACACAACCCUUUGCAUUCGCAAAUGCACUGUAUUUUAUUGCUGAUAAUAUCGACCGAUUGGAAGUACUCAUGCCUGAUCUGAACACUGUUGCACAUAAGCAUCGAGCUCUCACUAUUCAACCAGAACAUUAUUCAAUUGUUGGCAAAUGUCUAAUUCAAGCUAUUUCAAAGUUUCUAGGUGACAAAGCAACAACUUCAACUUUAGAUGCAUGGACAGCUGCUUACUAUGUUAUUGCUAGCAUUCUUAUCGAUAUAGAAAAGAAGUUAUAUGAUCAACUUGGCAAAAAUGAAAAUGAUAAAGGUUUUAUUCCAUUUAUGAUUGUUAAAAAAGAAAAAAUUGCAAAUGGACCAAUCUAUUCUUUUGAAAUAAAACGAAAUGAUGGUGGGAAAAUGCUUGACUAUCAUCCAGGUCAAUAUAUAACACUUCGACUGAAAAAAAAUGGUCUUUAUCAUAAUCGACAUUAUGGGCUUGUUAAGUUAUUCAACGGUAAAACAUAUUGUGUUGGCAUAAAACAGUUAAUUAAUUGUGAACCAAAAGGUAUUUUCUCUAAUGAAAUUAUUGAAAACUAUCAUGUCGGUGAUACAAUCUUAGCAAGUUUGCCAGCUGGCACAUUUUCUAUUAUUGAUGAUGCCAAACGCCAUUUAUUUAUUGCUGGUGGUAUUGGUAUUACUGUUUUAUCAACUAUGAUUGAACAGUUAUACAAGCAAGGUAAAUCUCAUACUGUGACAUUGAUUCAUUGCGUACCAGGAAAAGGUCAUGCCGCUUAUGUUGUUCGAAUGCGAAUGUGUGUUCCAGAAAAACAAUACCAUUUACUUUAUCCAGGUAGACACAUGUUAAAAGGAUUGAUUAAGAAGGUUGUAAGCAAGGAAACACAUGCAUACUUAUGUGGUACGGCAACAUUUAUGAAUACAGUAGAAAAUCAUCUAGAAGCAUGUAAUUUUCCAUUAUUAAAUGUUCAUAUCAACGUAUUUCAACCAUUAUUUAGUCCGGUUAAAAAUGAAGUGAAGAAUUAA